AUGAGCCGCCAGCUGCACCACUACUCGGGCGGGGAGCGCCUGGGCUUCAGCGGCUGCUCAGCCAUCAUCUCCAGCAGGGUCAGCGGCAGCUCGGCCUCCUUCAGAGCUGGCGUUAAGGGCACCGCGGCCUUCGGCAGCAGGAGUGUCUUCAGCCUGGGGGGCAGCCGGCGUCUGGCCCUGAGUGCAGGGGCCGGGCGGGGCGGCGCCUAUGCCCUGGGCCACUGCGCGGGCACCGGCGGCCGCGUCGCGGGCUUUGUGGGCACCGUCUUCGGCAGCGCUGGGUUGGGGCCUGCGUGUCCAUCCGUGUGUCCACCCGGAGGCAUUCCUCAAGUCACGGUCAACAAGAGCCUCUUGGCCCCCCUCAACAUGGAGCUGGACCCAGAGAUCCAGAAGGUGCGCGCCCAGGAGCGGGAGCAGAUCAAGGCUCUGAACAACAAGUUUGCCUCCUUCAUCGACAAGGUGCGGUUCCUGGAGCAGCAGAACCAGGUGCUGGAGACCAAGUGGAACCUGCUGCAGCAGCUGGAACUGAGCAACUGCAGGAAGAACCUGGAGCCCAUCUAUGAGGGCUUCAUCAGCAACCUGCGCAAGCGGCUGGAGGCGCUGUCCGGGGACAGGGUGAGGCUGGACUCGGAGCUGCGGAACAUGCAGGACCUGGUGGAGGACUACAAGAAGAGGUACGAGGUGGAGAUCAACAGGCGCACAGCUGCGGAGAACGAGUUUGUGGUGCUCAAGAAGGACGUGGACGCUGCCUACAUGAACAAGGUGGAGCUCCAGGUCAAGGUGGACUCUUUGACAGACCAGAUCAAAUUCUUCAAAUGCCUCUACGAAGGGGAGAUUGCUCAGCUCCAGUCCCACAUCAGCGACACGUCCGUCAUCCUGUCCAUGGACAACAACCGGGACCUGGACCUGGACGGCAUCAUCGACGAGGUCCGGGCCCAGUACGAGGACAUCGCGCUGAAAAGCAAGGCCGAGGCCGAGGCGCUGUACCAGACCAAGAUCCAGGAGCUGCAGCUCACCGCCGGCCGCCACGGGGAUGACCUCAAGCUCACCAAGGCUGAGAUCUCGGAGCUCAACCGGCUCAUCCAGAGGAUCCGCUCGGAGAUCGGGAACGUGAAAAAGCAGUGCUCCAACCUGGAGACGGCCAUCGCCGACGCCGAGCAGCGGGGGGACUGUGCCCUGAAGGACGCCCGGGCCAAGCUGGAUGAGCUGGAGGCUGCCUUGCACCUGAGCAAGGAGGAGCUGGGCCGGAUGCUGCGGGAGCACCAGGAGCUCAUGAGCGUGAAGCUGGCCCUGGACAUGGAGAUCGCCACCUACCGCAAGCUGCUGGAGGGCGAGGAGUGCAGGAUGUCCGGUGAAUAUCCAAAUUCUGUCAGCAUCUCUGUCAUCAGCAACACCAGCGCCGGUCAGGGAGCCGCUGGCUUCAGCAUGGGCUUUGGCGCCUCGAGCAGCUACAGCUACAAACCUGCAGUGGCAGAAGUCAAGACCAAGGGCAGCUGCGGCAGCGAGUUCAAGGACCCCCUCACCAAGACCUCGGGCAACAGCUGUGCGGCCAAAAAGGCCUCCAGAUAACUCCCUGUGCUUGGCUCAGGGAGCAGAAACUGCGAACCUCCAGAACCUCCACCUCCUCCUCCUGCUGCGGGGUCUCCACCCCCAGGGUGCCUCCCAAGUCAGGAAGUGCCUCUUCCUUAACCUCCAUCCAGCUCCCGUCCCCUCUCCCUGUUGUCCUCGGCCCACGAUGCUCUGAUGCGGAAGUGCAGUCACGGGCUGUCUUGGUGACCCCUGCUUGGCCCCUUUCCCGGGGUCACUGCCCCUGAACGCAGAGAUGCCCGGGAUGCUUCCCCGUGGGCAGGUGCAAGGCCCCAUCCCAUGCCUUUCUUGGACCUUCUUGCCCAAGGGGCCCUCUUUGUCCUUGAUGGGGUGGUGUCCAGUUCUCUGCUCCCCCACAAUAAA